CUAGGGUUUCUCUGAAAUUUCCCAAAGUACAGUCGCACACUGUCCAUCCAGCUAUUCCCUCCCAACUCCCAAUUCUCCCAUCACCAUCUUCUAGGGUUUUGAUUUCGGUUUCAUCUCCCUUUCCCCGCAUUCUAGUCACUGAAUUCACCGGAGCCCAAUCAUGAGUAUCCGGAAAGGCGCUAAAGUGUGGGUGGAGGACAAGAACUUGGCCUGGGUGGCAGCUGAGGUCGUCGAUUCCUCCGGAAAACAAGUCCAACUCGAAACCGCUUCUGGUAAAAAGGUGCUUGCUGCUCCGGGAAAGCUGUUUCUGAGAGAUGCGGAUGAAGAGCAUGGAGGUGUUGAUGAUAUGACAAAGUUGACCUAUUUGAAUGAGCCAGGCGUGCUUUAUAAUCUGGAGAGGAGAUACGCUCUUAAUGAUAUUUAUACAUAUACAGGAAGCAUCUUGAUAGCUGUUAAUCCAUUCACAAAGCUUCCUCAUCUUUACGAUGUGCAUAUGAUGGAGAUGUACAAGGGUGCACCUUUUGGGGAGUUGAGCCCCCAUGUUUUUGCUGUGGCUGAUGCAUCAUACAGAGCAAUGAUGAAUGAGGGUCAAAGCCAGUCUAUACUGGUCAGUGGAGAAAGUGGGGCUGGGAAAACUGAGACAACAAAAUUGAUUAUGCAGUAUCUUACUUUUGUUGGUGGCCGGGCUGCUGUUGAUGAUAGAAAUGUAGAGCAGCAAGUUCUUGAAUCAAAUCCACUAUUGGAGGCAUUUGGCAAUGCAAAAACAGUUAGAAAUGACAAUUCAAGCCGUUUUGGCAAGUUUGUUGAGAUCCAGUUUGAUGCAGAUGGGAGAAUUUCUGGUGCUGCAAUCAGAACUUACCUUCUUGAAAGGUCUCGUGUAGUUCAGAUAACUCAUCCUGAGAGGAAUUAUCACUGCUUUUAUCAGUUGUGUGCAUCAGGAAAGGAUGCAGAAAGGUACAAAUUAGGCCACCCAAGUCAGUUUCACUACUUAAAUCAAAGCAAGACAUAUGAACUGGAUGGAGUUAGUAGUGCAGAGGAGUAUAUGAAAACAAGAAGGGCAAUGGAUAUUGUUGGCAUAAGUAAUGAGGAUCAGGAAGCUAUAUUCCGCACCUUGGCUGCAAUCCUGCAUCUUGGAAACAUUGAAUUUUCUCCUGGAAAAGAGCAUGAUUCUUCAGUUGUAAAGGAUCAGAAAUCUAGCUUUCAUAUGCAGAUGGCUGCUGAUCUUUUCAUGUGUGAUGUUAAUCUCUUGCUGUCAACAUUAUGUACCCGUACCAUUCAAACUCGAGAAGGGAAUAUUGUCAAAGCUCUCGACUCCAAUGCUGCUGUUGCAAGUAGAGAUGCAUUGGCAAAGACUGUUUAUGCUCGCUUGUUUGAUUGGCUUGUUGAUAAGAUUAAUAAGUCUGUGGGGCAAGAUCCAAGUUCUCGUGUACAAAUUGGAGUUUUGGACAUUUAUGGAUUUGAAUGUUUUAAGCAUAACAGUUUCGAGCAGUUCUGCAUUAAUUUUGCCAAUGAAAAGCUUCAGCAGCAUUUCAAUGAGCAUGUAUUCAAAAUGGAGCAAGAUGAGUACAGGAAAGAAGAAAUUAACUGGAGCUACAUUGAAUUUAUAGACAACCAAGAUGUUUUGGAUUUAAUUGAGAAGAAACCUAUUGGAGUAGUUGCUCUCUUAGAUGAAGCUUGCAUGUUCCCCAAAUCUACUCAUGAAACAUUCUCAACCAAGUUGUUUCAGAAUUUCCGUGGUCAUCCAAGGUUGGAGAAGGCAAAGUUUUCUGAAACGGAUUUUACCAUGUCACAUUAUGCUGGCAAGGUCACUUAUCAAACAGAUACCUUUCUUGACAAAAAUCGUGAUUAUGUAGUGGUAGAACAUAUCAAUCUAUUGGCUUCUUCCAGAUGCCCUUUUGUUGCUGGUCUUUUCCCUUCACCACCGGAGGAAUCUUCACGGUCAUCAUACAAAUUUUCUUCUGUGUCCUCAAGAUUUAAGCAACAACUCCAAGCACUCAUGGAAACCCUUAAUCAAACAGAACCUCAUUACAUACGCUGUGUGAAGCCAAACUCUCUGAACCGACCUCAGAAAUUUGAGAACCAGAGUAUCUUACAUCAGCUACGCUGUGGGGGUGUUCUGGAGGCUGUUCGAAUUAGUCUGGCAGGUUAUCCAACACGAAAGACUUAUUCAGAAUUUGUGGAUCGCUUUGGAUUGUUAGCACUUGACUUAAUGGAUGGAAGUUUACAUAUUUUCAGUUGUGAUGAGAAGGGAUUGACUGAAAAAAUUCUUUGGAAGUUAAGCCUAGAAAAUUUUCAGUUGGGAAGGACAAAAGUGUUUCUUAGGGCUGGUCAGAUUGGUGUUUUAGACUCUCGGCGAGUUGAGGUUUUAGAUACUGCUGCCAAAUGCGUUCAACGUCGAUUCCGGACAUUUGUUGCUCACAGAAAUUUCAUUUCAGCUCGUAUUGCUGCAACAGCAAUCCAAGCAUUCUCUAGAGGAUGCCUUGCUCGGAAGAUUUUUGCUGCAAAAAGAGAGGCAGCAGCUGCUAUUUAUAUACAGAAAUUUGUUCGUAGGUGGCAAUUAAGGCAUGGUUAUGUGAAGCUAAUUUCAGCUGCUAUUAUUAUACAGUCUGGUAUCCGAUGCUUCUCUCUCCGUAAGAAGUUUUUGUUAGGAAAGGAGAAUAGAGCUGCAACUCUGAUUCAGGGUUGGUGGAGGAUGUGCAAGUUCCGUGCAGCUCACCGAAGCCAUCAACGUUCAAUCAUAGCCAUACAGUGUCGCUGGAGGCAAAAGCUAGCAAAACGAGCACUCCGGAGACUUAAACAAGAGGCUAAUGAAGCUGGGGCCUUACGAUUAGCAAAGAACAAGCUUGAGAAACAGUUAGAAGAACUUACAUGGCGGUUGCAUUUGGAGAAAAGAUUAAGGGUAUCCAAUGAAGAGGCUAAGUCAGUUGAAAUCUCCAAACUUCAGAAAACAUUGGAAUCUAUGGCCCUCGAGUUAGAUGCAGCUAAGCUGGCAACAAUUAAUGAGUUCAACAAGAAUGCUGUACUGCAAAAUCAAUUAGAAUUAUCAAUGAAAGAAAAAUCUGCUCUGGAAAGAGAACUUAUUAUGAUGGUUGAAAUGAGAAAGGAAAAUUCAUUACUAAAGAGUUCUUUGGAUACACUGGAAAAGCAGAAUUCCGUGCUGGAGCUUGAGCUGAAGAAAGCUCAGAAGAAUGCUGAUGAUACUGUUGAAAAGUUACAGGGAGUUGAGCAGAAGUGCUCUCAGCUCCAGCAAAAUGUCAAAAGUCUCGAGGAGAAGCUCUCUCAUUUAGAAGAUGAGAAUCAUGUUCUGCGACAAAAAGCACUGAGUCCCUCUUCAAAAAGCAACCGUGCUAAUUUUUCGAAGGCAUUUUCUGAUAAAUACACUGGUGCACUGGCUCUCCCCCAGAUUGACCGGAAGCAUGUAUUUGAAUCACCCACACCUUCAAAGCUUAUUGUGCCUUUCUCACAUGCCAUGUCAGAAUCACGUCGUUCAAAACUGACAGCAGAGAGGCAGCAGGAAAACUAUGAAUUCCUCUCUACGAGUAUAAAAGAAAAUUUGGGGUUUGACAAUGGAAAACCACUUGCAGCUUGUAUCAUAUACAAAUGUCUUCUUCAUUGGCAUGCCUUUGAGUCUGAAAGGACAGCUAUCUUUGAUUAUAUAGUAGAACAGAUUAAUGAUGUUCUGAAGGAUGGAGAUGAGAACAUUACAUUACCAUAUUGGCUGUCCAAUGCUUCAGCACUUUUAUGCCUCCUGCAGAGGAACUUGCGGUCAAAUGGCUUUUUGACUGCAACUACUCAGCGUUCUGCAGCUUCUACUGGCUUACCCGGGAGGGUUGCAUAUGGUCUAAAAUCUUCUUUUAAACUCCUUGGAUUUGAGGAUGGUAUGUCACAUGUAGAAGCAAGAUAUCCAGCCAUACUAUUCAAACAACAACUAACAGCUUGUGUUGAGAAGAUUUUUGGCUUGAUUCGUGACAAUAUUAAGAAAGAAUUAUCUCCUCUGUUGGGUUUAUGCAUCCAGGUGCCAAAGAGUGCACGAGUACUUGCUGGAAAAUCAUCUAGAUCUCCUGCAGGUGUUACACAGCAAUCACAGACUAGUCAGUGGGAUACCAUUGUCAAGUUUUUGGAUUCUCUUAUGGUCCGUCUGCAUGAAAAUCAUGUACCUUCUUUCUUCAUCCGGAAGCUCAUCACCCAGGUUUUCUCGUUCAUUAACAUCUCACUUUUCAAUAGUCUUUUACUUCGCCGUGAAUGUUGCACAUUUUCAAAUGGGGAGUACGUGAAAUCUGGUCUAGCAGAAUUAGAGAAGUGGAUAGUCAAUGUGACAGAGGAGUUUGCUGGAACAUCUUGGCAUGAGCUUAACUACAUUAGGCAAGCUGUUGGUUUUCUGGUAAUACAUCAGAAAAGGAAGAAGUCCCUAGACGAGAUCAGACAGGAUCUCUGCCCAGUAUUGACGGUUAGGCAAAUCUAUCGAAUAAGUACAAUGUACUGGGAUGACAAGUAUGGCACUCAGAGUGUGUCGAAUGAGGUAGUUGCCGAAAUGAGGGAAAUCUUAAACAAGGACAGCCAGAAUCUAACCUCAAAUUCAUUCUUGUUGGAUGAUGAUCUUAGCAUUCCUUUCUCAACUGAGGAUAUAGAUAUGGCUAUUCCUCCUAUAGAUCCUUCAAUCGUCGAACUUCCGGCACUCUUAUCAGAAUAUUCUUGUGCACAAUUUCUUACCCAGCAUCUAAGUAGAAUGGUCCAGCCAACAACAGAAAAGGUUUCUACCGCUUCUUAAGGAUAAUACUCUUGAAUCAGGCCUAUGAUUCACCUUCAGCGAUGUCACGUUCCCUUCGGUACCCAAAAACAAAUUUAGAUCCACAGAAACUAGAAAAUAGUCAUUGUUCUUGUAAAAACUGCAUGUCUGAUGAAUUUUUCACCAGAUGAUUGUUGUAGGUGUAGCUGUUUUUAAGUUUUUAUUGUUUAGGAACAGGGUUUUCUGUUCCAUGAAUGUAUUCUUUCUGUAUAAACAUUUCACAUUUUGUACAUAAAUUAGCUGUAAAACU